UGAAGAGCCGGAUCGAGCAGCUGCGGGCCAACGGGCAGCGCCUGGUCAAGGAGGCGGAGAACCUGUACAACAUCGAGAUCCUGCGGCUGCCGGUGGGGCUCCGCGGGAUGAACUGGAUAUGUAUCGAGUUUUUUUUUUUAAAAAGUGUUUUCUUUUUAGCUAAAGGAGGAAGCAAAAAGGUGUUGGAAGAGGCAGCAACGGCAGAUCUGGAAAUAACAGAAAUAAAUAAGUUAACAGCAGAAGUUAUGCAGACUCCUUUAAAAAUCAGGAAAGUGGAAAAAACCAAACAGGCUAUCGAAGCUAUUGAAGAAGAAGCAGAGGCUCCUUUGCUUCCUCUAGCAAAGAGAGCAAAACAAGAUAACCAAUGUCUACCAGACCUAGAAGCUGAAAAUGUUAAUUCAAGAACUGGAAAGGUGAAGGCAUCCACUAAAAAAGCGCCGGUGUCCCGGAGCAGAAGGGCUCCUUCAGCGAGAGUGAAGCGUGUGAGUAAAAGAUCAAGCAGAAACAACUUUAUCACUCCAGCUACUGGUAAAGCUGUUGAUUUCUGUGCUCGGGGAGGUACCUCCAUGAUCACACCUAAAUUUGAUUCCAGAAUUUUCAAGACGCCAGGUUUGCGCACACCCUCCGUGAACGAGCGUGUUUACACCAUCUCUGCCAACGGCAGCCCCCUUGCUGACGGCACAGAUAUCUUCAUUACCGUCCCCGUCGGAGGAGGAGAGAGCAUUCGUUUAACAGCAAAUGAUUUGACCAAGAAGAACCUUCUUCAUCUAAAUCCAGAGGCCCAAGGAAUUAUGAAGAAGCUAUCGGUUCGUCUUGCACAAGCUUGCAGCGGUGCAAAAACCUGUAGAUGA